CACUACAAAAUUCCAACACCUUCGAAUCCUCCGAAUCUGAAAUUCAAAUUUCCCGAACCGACGCCAUGAGCUCCACCGCUGAAACCACCACCAAAGCCGGCCGGGGCAAGCCCCGCACCACCAAGUCGGUCUCAAGAUCCCAGAAGGCCGGCCUCCAAUUCCCAGUCGGCCGAGUCGCCCGGUUCCUGAAGACCGGCCGCUACGCUCAGCGAGUCGGCGGCGGCUCCCCGGUCUACCUCUCCGCCGUCCUUGAGUACCUCGCUGCUGAGAUUUUGGAGUUGGCCGGGAAUGCGGCUAGGGACAACAAGAAGAACAGGAUUACUCCUCGGCACAUCCAGCUUGCGGUGCGAAACGACGAGGAGUUUACGAAGCUUUUGGGGUCUGUGACGAUCGCCAGCGGCGGCGUUUUGCCCAACAUUCAUCAGAAUCUGCUUCCGAGCAAGGCUGGCAAGGGGAAGGGCGUGAUUGGGUCUGCCUCCCAGGAGUUUUAGGGUUUUAGAAAAGUAAAGUGGUAUCCUUGGUAGAUGAAGGAUCUGGGUUUCUGAUGGGUAGCUUUAGGAAAUUAAAAUUAAUUAGGCUUUUGGUAAUAUUGUAAAGCGUUUGGGUUACUGGAAUAUUGCUCAGUUCUGGAGUUCUUCCUUCAAUGCAGAUUUAAUUUCGGAUAA